CUCAGAGAAGUAACAGCGGCGGCACAAACAUCGUCCGGUGGUUUCUUUUUUUUUUAACGGUUUAACGCUUUUCAAAAGCUAACAUUUUCGAAUAUGCAGGCUGAGUCGGGAAUAGUUCCGGACUUCGAGGUCGGAGAGGAUUUUCCAGAGGAACCUAAAACGUACUACGAAUUGAGGAGUCAGCCUUUGAAAAGCAGCAGCAGCCCGCCGGACCAGCGCAGCUCCUCCAAGCCCCCGCUGAGCUCCUCGGCCAUGACAUCACGCAUCCUGCUCCGGCAACAGCUGAUGCGGGAGCAGCUCCAGGAGCAGGAGCGGCGGGAGCAGCAGAGGCAGCAGUCCUCUCAGUACCCACAAACCACAGCUGCCCAGACCCCCGCCAUCAAUGUCAGUGUCCCCGCCAGUUUACCACCUGCUGCACAGGUGCCAAUGGAGGUGCUUAAGGAAGGAUGGACUAAAGUGUCAGCGGGAAUGUGUUGUGUAAAUGUCCAGACUCACCUUGAGAACCCAACCAAGUACCACAUCCAGCGUUCCCAGCAGCAGCAGGUGAAGCGGUACCUUGGAAAGCUCGACUCCCAGGCGUUGAGCCUGCCCUGCCCCAACCAGUCCUCUGACCACGGGGGCAUGCCGCCAGGGCCGGGCAACAGCGCCCCCAACAGCCCUAUGGCCUUACUGACCCUGAACUCUAACUGCGAGAAAGAGAUGGAUGAUGUCAUUGACGACAUUAUUAGUCUGGAGUCCAGUUACAGUGAUGAAAUCCUCGGCCUCAUGGACCCGGGACUUCAGAUGGCAAACCCGAUGCCGGUGUCUGCUAACCUCAUGGACAUGUAUGGUAAUCAGGGGAUGUCCCAGCAGGGUCUGCCCAUCAGCAACUCCUGCCCCGCCAACCUGCCCAACAUCAAAAGGGAAUACUCAGUGUCACAGUCCCCGGCCAUCAUGCACAUGCUGGAUAAGUCUGGAUCCUGCGGCAAAUUUGACAACUAUCAAAGACCUGAUGGGUUCCCUGUGGUAGCUGAGGUAAGAGCCAUGGCUAAGGAAAGGCAGAAGAAGGACAACCACAAUUUGAUUGAGAGACGACGGCGGUUUAACAUCAACGACCGAAUCAAGGAACUGGGAACGUUGAUCCCAAAAUCCAACGACCCAGACAUGCGCUGGAACAAAGGCACUAUCCUGAAGGCAUCGGUGGACUAUAUUCGGAAGCUGCAGCGGGAGCAGCAGAGGGCCAAAGAGCUGGAGACUCGGCAGAAGAAGCUCGAGCAUGCCAACCGACAUCUGAUGCUCAGAAUACAGGAAUUAGAAAUGCAGGCGCGAGCCCACGGCCUGGCCAUCACGUCUUCAACACUGUGCGCAAGCGAACUGGCCAUGCGGAGCAUCAAGCAGGAGCCGUCUCUGGAGGACUGUCACCAGGACCUGUACUCGCUGCACCCCCACCACCAACACCACCCCGCCUGCACCCCGGAGCAGCCCAGCACGCUGGAGCUGAACGAAGGCCACUCAAACUUCCCCGAGGGCCACUACCACGUCCACAGCAAAGCAGGCUCCAAACUCAACGACAUCCUCAUGGAGGACAACCUCUCCCCGGUGAGAGGCGGAGACCCGCUGCUCUCGUCCGUCUCGCCAGACGCCUCAAAGGACAGCAGUCGUAAAAGUAGCGUGAGCAUGGAUGAGAACGAGCAGGGCUGUUAGCCCCCCCCGACGGAGGAAACCUCCACCACAUCUUCAAUCCCUCUAGUGCUAGAAGCGCGGAGGCUGACACACUCCCGCUGCUGAAGAGGCUUUUCUCCAUGUCAUUGUUUGUUCUUUUUGUUUGUUCUUUUCCUCCUUCCCCUCCUGUGUUUACAUGUGUUGCAUCUUUUUCAGUUUUUUUCUAUUGUUUAUAUUUUCUCGACCUUGAUUUCAAGGACUGAUUUUAAAUUGUUUGCUUUAAUCAAUGCUUUGAUGACAAUAAGUUACAGAAGUUUAUAUAUUUGAAAAAAAAACAACAACUAUAUAUGCAUUUAUCUUUGGAUAGAGACUAGAUUAUGUUUGUUUUUCUAUUGAUUCCAAAGAAUCUAGGGAAAUUAUAAAUCAUGGUCAGAAGUGUAGAUAUUUUGUGGUGAGACAAACACUGCUUUUUUUUAAAUCACUAGCAAUAAUAGGAGAAGAAAUAUUUAUUACUCGUGCUUUACACUCUUUGUGUCUUAGAUUAAACUUGAAUGUGCCAUUGCCUUAUGAAGAUGUGCACACAUCGUUGUAUUGCUAUGCACAUGUUUGGCUGUUAGCAGAGUCUCCGUCAGUCUUCCAGUUGAAAUUUCUCGCUUGACAAAUAUUAAUCAAUUGUAGAUUUGAUCUAUUUAUGUAUCUAUCCAAACAGGACUUUAUAUAUACAUUUCCAAUAUAAUAUAAUUUAUAACAAGCCAGUUUAAAAAACUUGAGAUUAAAACCUUUUUUAUACUCUGAAAACUAAAGCAUCUCCUUUUUAAGAUAUCCAAAAUGUUCAAAGUCAUCACUGGUAUUAAUACAUUUGAGUUUUUUUAUUCAGUAUAACAAUGAGAAACCGCCCAAUUACAAGUCAGAGGCGUCAGGUUUUCACCACAAAUCCUUGAAUUACAAAAUACUGAUUGUUCCAAGAGCAAGAUAUUGAUUUUUUUUACUGAUGCAUUCCUCACUGUCAAAACCACUGAAACACUUAAAAAACACUUAUAAAACAUGAAAUGAAGUCUCAAAGCUUUGGAUCUGGAUAUUGGUGCAGGAUUCUAUCAAUCUUUGGCAUUUGCUUGAUCAAUUACACAAUGAAACUAAUAUUGAGCUCUGAUGUCCAGGCAGAUGGAGAUGGUGAAACUCUCAGCACACGGUAAGCUGCAACGCUGCAGGUGUUGCUCUCCUUGUUGUUUUUUUUUUUUUUUUUUAACAGUCCACUGAUUUCUUUUUUUAAAUUAUUAUUUUUAUACCAUUUAAGAAACAGCUAACCUUCAGGGGUUUUUUUUGUAAUGUGAAAUAUACAAUGCCAAGGACUAUAAGGAGACUGAUGUAGGAUGUUGUCAAAACACUGGAAUGAACUGAAAUGUGGUUUGUUAGCCUUUUUUUUUCUUUUUUUUUUUUUUUUUUAAAUCAAGGCAUACUAAUCUGUUGUAUUUGGCUUGUGAACUGCACAUGCAAUAUUUUAUGAGACUGUAGAUUCUUUAAGGUACGCAGUUGCUGUAUAUUUCCGCAGUUUGCAACAGUUGUAGCAUGUUCCUUAAUAACUGCUGAGAUCCCUGCUAUAGCACAUACUGUAUGUCAAACUAUGCAAUGGAUAGAGUUGUGUCAGUAAUCACAUCAGCAUGUAUUGAAAAUGUGAUCUCUCAUGUGGAGUGGUUAGAGAUGGUGUAAAGUCAUUACCUUUUUCAUUUAAGUGCCUUACAGUUGCUUUUGUUACCCUGGUGAUGUACGAGAAGUGAUGCAGUAUUUUGUUGAUGUCAAUAAUCGUGUUUGGUGCUUCUUAGAUUAACUGUCAAGGUGCCAAGGUCACUUAGAGAGUAGCAGGAAACAGCCUUUUUCAGAAUGAGGUAAUUAUAAACCUUUUCAAUCUUAUAAACCACAAGAUAUCCAUAAAGUGGAAUCCCAAAGUGUUCAGUAUUAAAUAAGACAAGUAAUCCUAAAAUGUAUUAGAUUGUAUGGGAAAAUCCAAUAAAUGUGUAAAGGAUUUAACUUAUUUUUGUUGUAACCGUUUUACUAAUCAACACAUAAUUCCAGAAAAUGUCAAGUCUGUUUUAUUUCCAAGUGCCUUUACUGCCACUCUAUGCACCAAUACCACUUCCGACCACAUGGGGGCAUUAAGAACAUUUUGAAAAAAUGCUUCCCCCCUGUGGCCAGAAGUGGUAUUGUUAGUCUUUUUUUUUUUUCAUUUUCACUUACAGGCAUAAAAUGUUGUUGCCAGCCACCACUUGCCAGCCAGAUUGGCAGUGACAGAGUAAAUGUGGGCAGAAAGAAUGUGGCUCCCCCGGUAACAUCAAAUCAUUUAAAAUAAACUUGUAGUGUGAACUCAAUUCCAACUAUUGAUAGCUGAAUAGUUGGAGGUGGAGUUGCUCAGUUCCCUCUUUUGAAAUUCUCUAAGCCACAGCAGUAUUAGUACUAACAUCGUUAGUAUUAGUUUGAUAUGAAUCAAAAGCAUGUUAACAUGCUCGCUUCAGCAACCCAAAGCUUUAUUUUGUCUGAGUGCUGCAUGAAAGAGCCACAACACAAGUUUACCCAUAAUCACGUGCUGUACUCUUUUAUUCAUUUCAUUCUUUGAUAUAAUAUUUAUUAAUUUAGUACUGAACACUUUGGAUAACUGUAUGCUCUGUAGCAGUACAUUUUAUACUUUCCCAAAGUUGUACUGAGUUCUUCUGAGACUGGUAUGAAUGUAGUUCACAGUUGUAACUGCCAAAUGUGUGCCAAAAUUGGUGACAAUACGAGGAUGUAAAUGGCCAUGCUUUAACUGUUUUUCUCCGUGCCUCGUUGAAAGCACAACGGGGCGAGAUGGCUCUGAGCAAAACACUGAUAUUUUGAAUGUUCAUUCUUGUAUGCUUAUAAAGGUAGUUCAAGGAAGAAAUAGCAGCACAAAAAAGAUAUAUAUGGAACUGGUUUAUACCCACAUCUCACAGUGUUGUAGUCCAUGAGAUGCAGGUGGAAGCUUAAGGAAAAUGCGACGCGUGAGCCUGCAGGUACAGUGUAAAAAACAACCACACACACACGCACACAAAAGCCUGGCACAUAUUUUGACUGAACCCAGAUCAGGUGGAUCAAAAUAACCUUAAAAUGUGACCGGUUUCGAAAGGUUAAUAUCGUCACGCACGGUGGCAGCACUUCUACUAUGACACUAUAUUGGUAAAACAAUAAUGGAGAAAGGUGUUGGCUCAGUUUUUUAACCUUGCUUGUCGAUUCUCAUUCCUGUGGUUCGUAGACAACGAUGUUCUUCUGCAAUUUUGCGACUGUUUUUAUUGUUGCCGUUUGUAAGAGAUGAAUGUGGUAAGAGUGUACCCACUGUUUUCAGAUAGUUGAACGCCAGCUCUUUGGUAUUCAAUGGUGAAACUGUCUUGUUAGAAAAUAUUAAAAGAUUUAUGUGAA